AAAACGAUUCCCAGUGUCAUAUAUCGCUUUGGGAAGAGUGUUAUUUUAACACGUAAGGAUCAACGACCGUCUGAUUUUCUGCCAGAAGAACUUAGGCGGCAAUGGAUCGCAAUAUUUGGUACGGACCUAGAUAACGGUGGUGAGACCGGCGAUAGUGUUCGGGGGUUCUCCGUGUAGGGGCACUGAUGGAAAAUCGCCCUUGUCAGAACUGCCAUACGGAGGAAUUCAUUGAAAAAUUCUCACAGACUGGUGUCAGCCCACGGAUCCCGAUGAGGGUAUGAACCGAUCGUUUUAUUUUUUCCCCCAACACAUCACCGACCUCGACCACGGAAUCGCCCUUUGGUGGAGUGACUAACGCUUGCUUGGCCAGAUAUUGCGUCUAAUAGCGGAGCUUGGCGGAGGUGACGGUUAUAAUCGUGCAAUCAGGAUGUAUUAGGCGGUAGUAGUGAAGUCAGUUGCAGAGAGCAUCUACUAUAGGAAGGAUUACGCUGCGUCUUAAAAGCGUAGCCUACACGAGGAGUUGUAGCCCACUGUCCACUACCGGUGAAAGGGCAGUGUUGCUAGUUUUGGCUAUAAAUUGAUACUGCCUUCUUUUUUUAAAAUGAUCUUUUAAAUUAAUAUUCGAUUACCUGUGUGUAGCCUACGAGUUGUCAACCGUAAUAUCAAUUAUCAACAUUAUUGGAAUAGCAACAGUGAUUCAGAAGGCUAUGUGUUACUUCAAGAUGGACAACAUUUACUAACGUCUAACGUCAAUACUGAACAAAAUGUCAAAUGAGGUGUUGCACUGACGAACCCACGCCGACCUCAAAGGGGAUUUUACGGACACCUAAGGAUAUCGCUCGGUCAUCAUCUGUCGGCCAAGGGAGCUUCCGCUAGGAGAGGAAUUCCCUCCUCGCCAAGCCUACACUGCCGCUGUCCGGUCCUACCCAGAGCUGAUGGACUACGCCGAGCACUGGUCGGCGGAAGUCUCUCUAUGUCGUUGCAGCAACUGAGCCGUGGGAUAGCUAAGUAGAAAGGGGAAAAAAUACCGUUUGCUUGUCACGCGUAAAAAGCAUGACGGACAAGACUGCUCCUCGCUGCCAGCUACGCUUGGAAUGGAUCCACGGCUACCGGGGGCACCAGUGCCGCAACAACCUGUACUACACGGCGGGCAAGGAGAUAGUGUACUUCGUGGCUGGUGUCGGUGUGGUCUACAACACCAGGGAGCACACGCAGAAGUUUUAUUUGGGACACAACGAUGACAUAAUCAGGCAGGGAUACCUUCUGGCCCUGGUGGUCAGUGAAGAGGUUAACGAGGACCCUGUUUCUCCUCCUCCGGCUCAGGGCCUCUCAAUCCGUAGUGUGUGCUGGAAAGCAGACCGUAUCCUGGCCGGCACGCAGGACAGCGAGAUCUUCGAGGUGAUGGUGCGUGACCGGGACAAGCCGCUGCUCCUCAUGCAGGGCCACAGCGAGGGCGAGCUCUGGGCGCUGGACAUACACCCCAAGCAGCCGCUGGCCGUCACCGGGAGCGACGACCGCUCCGUCAGGCUGUGGAGCCUGGCAGACCAUACUCUAAUCGCCCGCUGCAACAUGGAGGAAGCCGUGCGCAGCGUCUCCUUCAACAACGACGGCUCACAGCUCGCUCUGGGCAUGAAGGACGGCUCCUUCACUGUACUGCGCGUCAGGGACAUGACGGAGGUAGUCCACAUCAAAGACCGCAAGGAGGUCAUCCACGAGCUGAAGUUCUCGCCGGACGGCUCAUAUUUGGCGGUGGGCUCCAACGACGGCCUGGUGGACAUCUACGCCGUGGCGCAGCGCUACAAGAAAGUGGGCGAGUGCAACCGCUCGUCCUGCUUCAUCACGCACCUGGACUGGUCAGUGGACAGCCGCUUCCUGCAGACCAACGACGGCGCCGGGGAGCGGCUCUUCUACAGGAUGCCAGCUGGGAAGUACCUGCCCAAAGAGGAGGCCAAAGGCAUUCACUGGAUGACCUGGACAUGCGUCCUCGGCCCGGAGGUCAACGGCAUCUGGCCAAAGUACUCCACCGUCAACGACAUCAACUCGGUGGACGCCAACUACAGCAGCGCCGUGCUGGUCACCGGGGAUGACUUCGGCCUGGUCAAGCUCUUCAGAUUCCCCUGCCUUAAGAAAGCGGCCAAAUUCAAGAAGUACAUCGGACACUCUGCCCAUGUGACCAAUGUACGCUGGUCACAUGACCUGCAGUGGGUGGUGAGCACUGGCGGGGCGGACCACUCUGUGUUCCAGUGGCGCUUCCUCCCGGAGGGCGUCAUGAACGGGGUCUUGGAACCCCUCCUGCAAGAGGGUUACGCUGACUCCAACAGCGGUGAAUCCGAUUCAGAUCUCUCAGACGUUCCUGAGCUAGACUCGGACAUUGAGCAGGAAGCGCAGAUGAACUACGAGCGGCAGGUCUAUAAGGAGGACCUGCCUCAGCUGCGUAAGAAGCUGGUGGGCUCUCUGAAGCGCCAGAAGGCCCCAGAUGAGGGAUUACGCUUGCAGUUUGUUCACGGGUACCGCGGCUGUGACUGCAGGAAUAACCUGUUCUACACGCAGGCUGGGGAGGUGGUGUACCAUGUGGCGGCAGUGGCCGUGGUUUACAACCGCCAGCAGCACACGCAGCGCUUCUACCUGGGUCACGACGAUGACAUCCUCAGCCUCACCGUGCACCCACUCAAGGACUACGUGGCCACUGGACAGGUGGGCCGCGACCCAGCCGUCCACGUGUGGGACAUCCAGACACUCAAGUGCUUGUCGCUCUUAAGGGGGCAACACCAGAGGGGAGUCUGUGCACUGGAGUUCACAGCGGACGGUAGGAGUCUGGUGUCCGUGGGGAUCGACGAGGGCCACAGCAUAGUGAUCUGGGACUGGAGGAAGGGAGAGAAGCUCGCUAAGGCCAGAGGACACAAGGACAAGAUCUUCGUGGUGAAAGGGAACCCCUUCCGCAUGGACAAGCUUGUCACUGUGGGGAUGAAGCACAUCAAGUUCUGGCAGCACACAGGCGGAGGUCUGACAUUCAAGCGGGGCAUCUUCGGAGGCCUGGGGAAACAGGAGACCAUGAUGUCGGUGUGCUACGGCCGGGCGGAGGACCUGGUCUUCUCCGGCGCCACCACGGGAGACGUGUUCGUGUGGAAGGACACCACGCUCGUCAAGACCAUCAAGGCUCACGAUGGGCCUGUGUUCGCCACGUGCUCCCUGGACAAGGGCUUUGUGACGGGCGGUAAGGAUGGGGUGGUGGAGCUGUGGGACGACAUGUUUGAGAGGUGCCUGAAAAGCUACGCCAUCAAGAGGGCCGCACUCUCCCCCAACUCUAAAGGGCUUCUUCUAGAGGACAACCCCUCCAUCCGGGCCAUCACGCUGGGCCACGGACACAUUCUGGUGGGAACCAAGAACGGAGAGAUCCUGGAGAUCGACAAGAGCGGCCCCAUGACCUUACUGGUGCAGGGUCAUAUGGAAGGAGAGGUGUGGGGUCUGGCCGCUCACCCCAUGCUGCCCAUCUGUGCCACCGUCAGCGACGACAAGACGCUCCGCAUCUGGGAGCUCUCAGCCAAUCACCGCAUGGUGGCCGUCCGCAAGCUCAAGAAAGGUGGUCGGUGCUGUGCCUUCUCCCCCGAUGGGAAAGCCUUAGCCGUGGGCAUGAACGACGGGAGCUUCCUGGUGGUCAACGCCGACACGCUGGAGGACAUGGUGACCUUUCACCACAGGAAGGAGAUCAUAUCGGACCUGCGCUUCUCGCAGGAUGCUGGCAAGUACUUGGCAGUGGCCUCCCACGACACGUUCAUAGACAUCUACAACGUGCUGACGAGCAAGCGCGUGGGAAUCUGCAAAGGAGCCUCCAGCUACAUCACCCACAUAGACUGGGACUCGCGCGGAAAGCUACUGCAGGUGAACACUGGGGCCAAAGAGCAGCUGUUCUUCGAGGCACCUCGAGGUCGGAGACAGACCAUCAACACCACUGAGUUUGAGAAGGUGGAGUGGGCCAGCUGGACAUCGGUGCUAGGCCCCACCUGCGAGGGCAUCUGGCCAACGCUGAGUUUCGUCAACGCCUCGUCGCUCACCAAAGACAAGAAGCUGCUGGCCACCGGAGACGACUUUGGCUUCCUCAAGCUCUUCAGCUUCCCCUGCAAGGGUCAGUUUGGCAAGUUCAAGCGCUACGUGGGCCACAGUGCCAACGUCACCAACGUCCGCUGGUCCCAUGACGACACCAUGCUGCUGUCGGUGGGCGGGGCCGACACGGCGCUGAUGAUCUGGGCGCGCGAGGCAGGGGUGGCGCGCGAGAACAAAGCCGUGGACAGCGAGGAGUCCGACGACGAUGCGGAUGACGACGGAGGUUACGACAGCGACGUGGCCAGAGAGAGGACCACUGACUACACCACCAAGGUGUACGCGGUCAGCAUCCGCGAGAUGAGCGGCACCAAACCCCACCUGCAGCAGAAGGAGGUGCUGGUGGAUGAGAGACCACCGGUGAGCAGAGCUGCCCCGAUGCCAGACAAACUACUCAAGAACAACGUCACCAAGAAGAAGAAGCUGGUAGAGGAGCUGCAGCUGGAUCAUGUGUUUGGUUACCGUGGCUUCGACUGCAGGAACAACCUGCACUACCUCAACGACGGCAACGACAUCAUCUUCCACACGGCCGCCGCCGCCAUCAUACAGAGCCUCUCUGCAGGAACACAAACCUUCUAUCUGGAGCACACUGACGAUAUCCUGUGUCUCACGGUCAAUCAACAUCCGAAAUACCAAAACAUCAUCGCCACUGGACAAAUAGGAGAUGUGAAUGACCUGCCAGGCAUGGCUCCCUCCAUCCACGUGUGGGACGCCAUGAGCAAGCAGACGCUGUCGGUGCUGCGCUGCUCCCACUCCAAGGGUGUGGGCUACGUCAACUUCAGCGCCACCGGGAAGCUGCUGCUCUCCGUGGGCGUGGAGCCGGAACAUUCCAUCACCGUGUGGCGCUGGCAGGAAGGCACAAAGGUGAGCAGUAAAGGGGGCCACACAGACCGCAUCUUCGUGGCCGAGUUCCGUCCUGACUCGGACACCCAGUUUGUGUCGGUGGGUGUCAAACACAUCAAGUUCUGGACGCUGGUGGGCGGCUCGCUUAUGUACAAGAAGGGCGUGAUCGGGACAGUGGAGGAUGGACGCAUGCAGACCAUGCUCUCUGUGGCCUUUGGGGCUAACAACCUGACCUUUACGGGGGCCAUCAAUGGUGACGUGUACGUGUGGCGUGAGCACUUCCUGGUGCGGGUGGUGGCUAAGGCGCACACGGGGCCAGUGUUCACCAUGUACACCACACUCAGAGACGGCCUCAUCGUCACCGGGGGCAAGGAGCGGCCCACUAAAGAGGGUGGGGCAGUCAAGCUGUGGGAUCAGGAGAUGAAGAGGUGCCGAGCGUUCCAGCUAGAGACGGGUCUACCGGUGGAGAAUGUUCGCUCCGUCUGCCGUGGAAAAGGCAAGAUCCUGGUGGGCACCAAGGACGGCGAGAUCAUCGAGGUGGGCGAGAAGAAUGCCGCGUCCAACACCAUGAUCAACGGGCACACGCAGGGACGCAUCUGGGGCCUGGCCACGCACCCCACCAAAGACGUGUUCAUCUCGGCCAGCGACGACGGCUCCAUCCGCAUGUGGGACCUGGGGGACAAGAAACUUCUAAACAAGGUGAGCCUGGGCCACCCGGCCAAGUGCACGGCCUACAGCCCCAGCGGGGAGAUGGUCGCCAUCGGCAUGGAGAACGGAGAGUUCAUCAUGCUGCUGGUGAACUCGCUCACCGUCUGGGGCAAGAAGAGGGACCGCAGCAUCGCCAUCCAGGACAUCAGGUUCAGCCCUGAUAGCCGGCUGCUGGCGGUGGGCUCGGUGGAGAGCGCCGUGGACUUCUACGACCUCACGCUGGGGCCCUCGCUCAACCGCAUCGGCUACUGCAAGGACAUCCCCGGCUUCGUCAUCCAGCUGGACUUCUCCGCAGACAGCAAGUUUAUUGGGGUUUCCACGGGAAUGUACAAGAGGCAGGUCCAUGAGGUUCCGAACGGGAAGGUGGUAUCAGAGCAGGCCGUCAUCGAUAGAAUCACCUGGGCCACAUGGACAAGUGUCCUGGGCGAUGAGGUGGUGGGAGUGUGGCCACGGAAUGCUGAGAAGGCCGACGUCGUCUGCGCCUCUGUCUCGCACGCCGGCCUCAACAUCGCGACAGGAGACGACUUCGGCCUCGUCAAGCUCUUCGACUUCCCAUGCACAGAAAAAUUUGCCAAACACAAGCGCUACCUCGGUCACUCUGCGCAUGUCACCAACAUCCGUUUCUCUGCCGACGACAAGUACGUCAUCAGUGUAGGAGGUAGCGACUGCAGUGUGUUUGUCUGGAAAUGCCUGUAACGCGGAGAGUCCUGACAGAGCCCGGUGACUUGAAGAUGGGAGUGUGUCUCACUGCCUCUGCGAUGCUGCUGCUGCUGCAAUUCUUGACCUGAGAUGCUGCAUUCACCUCAACCACACCUACUACAGUCUACCAUACCUACUACGCUCAACCACACCUACUACACUCAACCAUACCUACUACGGUCAACCACACCUACUACGGUCAACCACACCUACUACACACAACCAUACCUACUACGGUCAACCACACAUACUACGGUCAACCCCACGUUAUACCGGUAGUCCACCACACCUACUACAGUUUACCACACUCAACCACACCUACUACACUCAACCACACCUACUACAGUUUACCACACUCAACCACACCUACUACAGUCAACUACACCUACUACAGUCUACCACACGUUAUAGUCCACCACACCUACUACAGUCAACUACACCUACUACAUUCUACCACACCUACUACACUCAACCUCACCUACUAAAGUCAACUAUACCUAGUACAGUUCCCCACACCUACUACAGUCUGCCACACCUACUACUACACAUUUGCAAUUCUCCUCAAUUACACCUACAGGAGACCGUUAUGAAGCAUUUGCAUUUCAUCUCAACUACACCUAUAGGACACCUAUAGGAUGCACUUGCAUAUCUCUAUUCACUCACAACGAGUGCAGUCUAGAACCUUUGGUGGUUCAUUGGCUUGUUUGCCUGGAAAACAUUCACAGGUUCUACACAGAACAUUCUGAUGGACUCCACAGGGUUCUUUGUAGAGGCCUUUGAAGGGUUCGACAGAACCCUUGUCAGCCCUUACGAAACCUUUUUUCCAGCAAAGGGUACUUUAUAUGCAAAGGGUUCUCUUUGUGACCUCUAGCUUUUUGACGAACCAAUGCUGAAUCUUAACUAAGGGAGUACUCUACGGAGUGCGGAAAGCUUGUACUCUGCCAGUCAAAAUUCAUAUCUGUACAGAUAGAUUAUGAAAACAUAAAGUUGUAUAUGACAGCUUCAGGUUCCUGGAGAUUAACAGAUGUGGAAACACAUGAAGAGUUUGUGGGAACGACCUGAAUUCAGAGUUGUAUUUCACAGGUGGUAAGACUACAAGAGAGAGAGAGGUCAGCUUGUUUAAUGCAAACAAAAUAAACCUCUUCAGAGAUUUUCAAGACGUUAUGCUUCUAAUAAUAGCUCCUAGCUAAGAAUCUAUCUGAUUUUACAGCCUAAUGUUCAAAUACUGGAAGACGAACCAGGUGAAACAGGAGCCAGAAAUAAGACCAUUACAAUAUGCGAGAAAAUCAACAGACCCGAAUGAACUAGAAAAAUCUGCAUCUGGUUAAAUGAAGAAUGAUUAACUAGUAAGGCUUCCUUGAUUAGAUCAAGGCAGUUUCUAUAAAAGUUUAGCAUCUGAGAAAGUUUGUUUAUUAUCUUUACUACUUGUUCAUGUUAUGGUAGAUGGCGUUUUUGCCAUUCCAUGAAGUGCAAUGUUUACUUUCUCAUGUACGUGUUUAAAAAGUGGCAAAAGAACCACUAUGAUGCCAAGAUGUAUUUGGGUGGGUUUUGGAAUGCAAAAGGGAUCAUCAUAUUUUAUUUAUUUAUUUUUUUGCUUCUAUAUGUGAAGUGCCUUAUAAGCAUCACCAAUGGUAACCACGACAGCGACUUUGUUUCUUUUUCUAAUUCUCCUCCAUGGUGCUACUCAAGAUAAAAGAGUCUAGGGCUUAACUGACGAGUACUUUAUUUAAGUUAUAUGCAAGGAUUAAGAGAAGUAAUUUAUUGACUUGUACAUAAAAUAUCAAACACAUUAUUGCCCUGUUAUUACCACGACCACCUCAUUCACCUGUCCAAAUAUGAAAAGGAGUCUCAGGUGCCGCAAGUGGCAGAAGUACUGUAACUUUACCGUUUGUAGAGGUGUUUUAAAUGUGUUAUAUUUUUGUUAAAAUUACCUCUUUAUUUUUAAAUGUACGUAUGUGUAUGUAUGUAUGAAUUAACCAUUUUUGUGAGGGUUUUGUCUUAAAUGGAAGGCAUGCAGACUUUGCAACAAACCUACUCUGGUGUUUCAAAAUAUACAAAUCUGCUCCUUCUCUGAGCAGAUGAGCUAACUCUAUAUUAGUCUAUAUUUUAAUGUUGAUAGCCAAUUAUGUAUGACUGCAAAUGUUGUUGAGUGUGUAGUUGCUUUUUUUGUAACAUGUCUAGAUAGUCACAUAGCUUAAUUAAAUUGUGAGAGGACAGGAAAACAUUUUUUUUGCAUGAAUAUGCUGUAACACAUUCCAAAUCUGUACUUAAAGUCUAUAAGGGAUACUGUAUUUUACACUUCAAGACGGGAAAGUAUGUGUAUUAAAGGG